CCCAUCUGGAGUCCAUCUGUGCCUCGCUGGCGGUGGAAGGACUCGGACUGCAGCGCUCACAUAUGUGAGAGAGUUUCAGACACAUGCCUCACAUAUGAAGAGAGAGCAAGCCACUAAAGCAGAGUGAUUUACAUUGUUUGGAAUAAGACACGAGCGGAGCGGACCAUCAUAGAGAGGAGACAGCGCAGAGAAGAACGUUCCUGCCAUGCCAGGUUCCCCAGUGGAUGGAAAGACUCAUUCCAGACCAACCGUCUCCGUCAUGCCCCCUCUACCCUCCGUCAACCCCAGCGGACCUCGACCGGCAGCCUUCUCCACCACAGCAUUGACUAAUGGGAUCAAUCAUUCUCCGCCGAUGCUCAACGCCAUUCCCUCGCCGCCUCAGCGCUACAACAAUGGCCCUUCAUCAUCAUCUUCCUCCUCUCUGGCCAAUCAGCAGCUUCCAGCCACCUGCGGCGCACGACAGCUGAGCAAACUCAAGCGCUUCCUCACAACACUGCAGCAGUUCGGCAACGACAUCUCGCCCGAGAUCGGAGAGAGCGUCCGAAACCUGGUGCUGGCGCUGGUGAACUCCACCGUCACCAUUGAAGAGUUUCACUCCAGACUGCAAGAAGCUACAAACUUCCCCCUGAGGCCCUUCGUCAUUCCCUUCCUGAAGGCGAACCUGCCGUUACUGCAGAGGGAGCUGUUGCACUGCGCUCGAGCCGCCAAACAGACUCCAGCGCAGUAUCUGUCUCAACACGAACACCUCCUGCUCAGCACCAGCGUCCCGUCGCCCGCAGACUCCACCGAACUACUGCUGGAGCCCAACGAGAGCAGCAAACGCCACAGUCCUAACAGAAGUAAAGAGAAUGGUUUCCACGAGCGUCCUCCCGCCUCCCUGGAGCCUCCUGCCAAGCGAAUCUGCACCAUUAGCCCCGCCCCCAGACACAGCCCCGCCCACCCGCUGCAGCUCCCCGCCCAGAUACACCCGACUCCGCCCCCUCUGCAGCACUACGCGCUGGAUGACAUCAGCACACCUCACCUGUACAGAGAACCGCAGCGGGUCCCGGAGCUGAGGGAGCUGAAGGAGCGGCCGCGGCUGACAGGCAGUAACGGAGGCUUCCGUGAGGAACCUGUAGACCACAGACUGACAGACAGAGAGUGGGCUGAAGAAUGGAGACAUCUGGAUCACGUGCUGAACUGCAUUGUGGACAUGGUGGAGAAGACGCGGCGUUCGGUGAGCGUUCUGCGGCGCUGUCAGGAGUCCGACCGCGAGGAGCUCAAUUACUGGCAGCGACGCUCAAACCCACACGACGAGGGACGCAAGAACGGAUCGGCCGCAGGGAACGCCCCGUUCAGCAAGACACACAGCCCUCUGUCAGCAGAGGGAGUCAACGCAGACUCUCAGAGGGAUCUUCCCCUGCGCGCCGGCUCUGGCUACGUGCCUGAUGAGAUAUGGAGGAAAGCCGAGGAAGCGGUGAACGAGGUGAAGCGUCAGGCGAUGGACGAGGUGCAGAAGGCCGUCGCCGAGGCCGAGCAGAAAGCCUUCGAGAUGAUCACCGCCGAGAGAGCCAAGAUGGAGAAAACCCUCGCCGAGGCCAAGAGGAAAGCCACCGAAGAUGCCAUACAGGUCAUCAACGAGCAGGAAGACUCCAGCGAGUGCUGCUGGAACUGCGGUCGGAAGGCAAGCGAGACAUGCAGCGGCUGUAAUGCGGCGCGUUACUGCGGCUCCUUCUGUCAGCACAAGGACUGGGAGCGACACCAUCUCAUCUGCAGCCCGGGGCUCCAGGCGCAGCCCAAAUCCAUGCCACGCGUCCUGGCCAAAGCUCCGGAGAGCGGCCCGGUCCCGAGUCCAGGCCUGGAGAAAACCUCCAGAGCAUCCACACCAGCGUCCUCCUCCACGCCAGACACCAGCGGACACUGAGAGCCAAGGACUCAAUGAAAGAGGAGUUUAGCUGCUGGAUGUGACAGAAGCUGGACAGUCACACACACUUUUCCAGUUCAUGGACAGGAGGACGUGUUUUGGCACCGCUCUGCGUGACUCAGCUUGCUUUUUUGGUGCAAAUGUGAUCUGUUUUACCCGCACAAACUGUUGUCAGUGUUUCGUGAGCGUUUGUUUGUUUGUGUGUGUGAUUGUGUCUGUAAAUACAAUAUCAGAGCAAUAUAAAAGUGAUGGAUUCACCAAAGCUGUCAAUGCUGUGACCCGUUCAUUAUUAUCUGACAGUGUUAUCAGAGUUGCCAUAGAGAAUGUGUGUGUGUUAAACGUGGAAAACAAACCCUGGUCUGAAGGGACCAGUUUUGAUCAGGGUCCAGAUGUACGAUCAACAGCUUCCGGUACAGAUUAAUCCACCAAACCAGGUCUUGAGCUGGUCUGUUUGUAUCCACAUGCGAAGCUCUGCGAUCUCAGGAGGAUGUUAUAUGUAUAUACUUUUAUUUUUGUUCCACUUGUAGAGUCGAGGCGGUUCCUUUUCUUUGAUUUCCACGUUGACGUCUUCAGCUACCUUCGUUUCGUUCGGUACACCACAUGCUGAUUUAUUUUUUUUUAUUAUAAGAAUGUGUAAAAUAUAACGGUUUAAAAGAGAAUGUUUAUUUUGUGAGCUACUCUGUGACAUUCAUUUCUUUAAGAAUCCUUGAAUAUUGGUAUGAAGUAGAUAUUAAAAAAUAAAGACAUU